AUGAGCUACCUUUUCUGUGGUUUGUGCAAAUUAUGGCUCUCCAAAUUUUUGAACCAAUUUGCUGCCUGGAAGAAGUUUCAAAAGUUCCGAAUACGAAUUACAACUGAUGGGACCCUUGAAAAUCGUACUUGCACAAGCACUCUUGGGAUCUUUGGUGGAUUGAUCCUUGCUUAUUGCGUUUUUACUUUUCUGGUAUUUGAGAUGAAUUUUUCUUAUUCGAAAACCCUGAUUCUAUGUUGCGUCUUGGGCUCAUUUUUAUCAGUCGGGCUAGCCGUAUCUGCUAAUGUAAGAUGCGUAGUAUUGAUGGCACUACCUGAGUUGUUUACUCAAAGAGGACGGCAAGCUCUGCUGGCAUAUGCUCUACUUUUGACAAUGACAGGGCCAUCCAAAAAUGUAUUACACAAUACAAAAGUUUUAACCGAAUCCUUAGCCUGCACUGUGGAGCAAUUGAAAGUUGCAACUCAAGGAUUGCGAGAGCUCAUAAAAGCACCAUUUUAUGCAAUAAAAGCAGCUCUUGUGGCAAUAGUAAAAGCAUUCAAGGUAAUAGUUAAGAAGGUCAAGGAAAUGUUACUGGCAAUUAAAAGAAUUAUGGUCAGUCUAGUUAGGGUGAUCGAAUCUGCUGUAGAAUGGUUACUAGGAGGUGUAAGUACCUGCAAUGACAAAUUUGGCUCUCCUUUUCAACGUUGCAUCAGUUCGAUAGAAGAAGCAGUGGCAGGGUGUAAGUCAUCGGUACCCAAAUGGGCAGAUUUGUGCUCUGCAGCCUAUGCAGUUGAUUUAGUGUGCUACCCAGUGAAAUUUGUGGAUUACUUCUGUGAAUUUGUAUCAUUCAUAUCUGAUGACGUUCUCGCUGGAAUCCGGAGAAAGAUUAAAGAGUUCGAACGGAAGCUAAAAACUAUGUUCUAUGUCAAAAUAACAUUCAGCCACUCCUUUUCCUUUCAAACCAAUCAAACUAAAACAGUACGUGAUGUUGCAAGUGACAUUAUUGCUGAAGUCAAGAAGAGAACGCAUUGGUUCACUCACCUAUUUACUUGGAUGAGUUUCACUUUCAUGAUCCUCCUGUUGUAUGUGAUAUACCAAGUGAUAUACUAUCGCAUCAGGUAUCUCUCCAGCCUCUCAUUUGAUAAUAAGUAUCUCACAGAUAAUUUCUAUGAAAUCGAUUUUAAAAGGACACGACAAGAUCUUGACACGGUUAUACCUUUAACUCGUUAUGAGCGUUCUCAGUACAUCGAGUUGACGAGUAUAAGACUCUUGAAGAAAGAAAGAGAAUCCCUUCUCAAUUCCUUUUGGUUUUUAUUCUUGACUGGGUACAGGCUUGGAGUUCAUAUGCUACUGGAUUUUGCAUUAUAUUGGAUUCUCUCGUUAAUCCAUAGAUAUGGCCGCUUGCAAGUCAAUGUGGAUAUUCCAAAAUCCAUCAAUAUGCUUGCAAAGGGAAACGGAAUGUUAGCUGAUAUGUAUCGAAGUGUGGCGAAAGCACUCAAACCUUUGGGUUUGGAAAUGCAUAUGGAUACUUUACCUUGUCUUCCGAUUCCCUCACCUCCAGAUUGGUACCGAUAUAAACAAAUAUGGGCCCUCAUGGGUCUGAUAUCACUUCUUACACUACUUCAACCAUAUGCAAAACGUAUACGGAAUAUGGUCAUGUCACAUUAUCAUCCUGAUGUUGCCAAGGAAAGAUCAGUCUGGCUCUACAACCAUAUUCUAAGAUCUCGCGGUAAUUUUCUCUCUUUCGCUCGAAGGCGGUUGCGGCGUAUGUUCGGUCUUCGAGAAAAGAUGCCUCAAGAUGAAAUCUCUCUAGCGCAGAGGUGUUUUGCCAUGUUUCCCUUUCUUGACUGGUUCUUGGAACAAGAUCAAGGGAAAGUCUGCUUGCUUGACGGUGAGUCCGGGACAGCUGAUGAUGAAUUGGUUCAUUGCUCUAAGGCGGACUGUAUUGGUCUAUAUCACGGCAAAUGCUAUCAGGAGUUAAAUAAUGACUGCACCAUUUGUCGUAAGCCAAUUGAAUAUGGGGAUUUAUCUGACAUAAGUGAAGAAAAAGACUCUUCUGAUGAUGGCGAAGAGAAUGAUAAUCGUAAUGCAGCUCAUUACAGUCAUGUCAAUGUUCAUUCUGUUGAAAAUCAUCGUGAUUCCGAUAAAGAGGGUAUUUUGCCAAAUGAGGCAAGCUCCACAGGCAGCUCUCAAUAUUCCUACUCUUAUCAAGACAAAGAAUUCAUUGAACACAGAAACGCGCCGCUCAUUGUGCGUCGUGCUUUUGAGGACCUUGAAGCCCAGAAAUUAGUUAAAUAUGUCUCAAAGAGUGAUGACUUAGCCGUUGAUCAGGAUUUGACUCGUGCCUCUUCAGAUGCGUCCUCAGGAGAAAAGUCAAAUACCAGCUCAGAGAUGGCUGACGAAGACUCUGCAAUCACCAUCGAGCCAGAAACAUCCUCUAAAAGACAUUCCAGUCUUUUAAAAGUCAACUUACAAAAUUCAAAAUUGAGCAAAACUGAUAAAUCUGCUAUGAUUAAAAAUUACUUCAAUAAAUUAGAAGACUAUAAUUCCGCAAAGAUGUCUGUAGUGGAAUCAAGCGUACAACGUGAAAAUAAUCAAUCAAAUGGAAUCAUUAGGAGUCAAAUUGCAGAAAAAAUUCAAGAUCAUGACUCAAUUAGCUAUAGUAGUGUAGCAGAACUUAGUUCUGAAUCAGAUUCUCAACAAGAAAUAGUGAAUGAUGAACAUCUUUCCUCAUCAAAUUCCAGGGAAGAAUUGAAAGUUAUACAAGGGGAAACAGGCUUUGACGUCAAUAGCAGCGGUAGCUCAUCAGAAUCUAUUGUAUCUUCCUCAGAAUUCAAUAGGAAAUUACUGCAGAAAAGAAAUAAGAAGAAAAAAUCAUUUUUACCAAGAUGGCUAAGAUAGAGAAUAAUAUUAAGUAUCGUAUACUCUUGUUGUAUCUUUUAAUUUUUGUUAAGUACAAAUGAUUGUAAUCAACAUUUAAAAUAUACUAUGAAAGUUGUUAAGGUAAUGUUUUCCUCUUAUUGAUUUCUCAUCAAUAAAUGUUACUUUGCCCAUCUCCAAAAA